UUUAAUGGAGUUUAGGAGAGGUAAUUGUAUAUUUAGAUGAGCUCACAAGAUCUUGGUAUCAAUAUCCCCUUCCAGAAAGUUGAAGUAGAUAUAUUUUGCAACAAUUCAAUGAAUUCAGCGAAAAUGUCUCUUUGAACUCUAAUUAUUCUCCUAAUAUGUUGGUUUGUUUCACCGACCGAGAACUGAGGGGAUGACAUAAAGGGACUCAUUAUCAGCAUGAUGUGGAUCAAGGGACUGCUUGGAUACAUCCUGCAGCUGGUUAUAGCAGGAUUAACCCAAGAAAGCAUACUCAGUGUGCAAUGCUCCAAUGGAAUAAUGUCUCUAGUCUGGAUCUAUUUGAUGAAUUGAUAUUACAAAAUAAUCACACUUUUCUUUGCAUCCACAAACACCUGCUGGGCUGCUGGAAAAUGGCUCUGGUUUGCCCACCUACUCUUAACAAUUGAGGCAAUUCUCAACUUCCUAAUAGCCGUGUGUGCUAUCACCAGUCUAUUAGGUGCCCUCUGCUCUUGCCUCUCUAAGUCCAGGCAGGGUUCAACCUCAGCUAGAUCUUUCGCUCCUCAGUUGUUUUCAAAAGAAAUGCCAACUUUGGGGGCCAAGAACGAACAGUUCACAUAAAGAAUCAUUAAUAGACGAUAGAAAGAUUUCAACU